AUGUCACAUAAUACUUUAAAAUCUAUGGGACAUGGAUUUUAUGACGCCAUUUUUUCAAGUUCGCCUAUUAACUUUGAUAAAGAAAAUACAAAUUGUCUGAAUGAAAAGGAAGAAAUUUGUUCUGAUAUAGUUGAUACACCUCAAAAAGAAAUUGCAAAUCAUAAUGAAAAUAAAUGUUUAAAAUUUGAAAAACGUAAAAUAUUACUUGAUAAUAAUAUUAUAGAAGAUUCGAAAUUAACAAAUACACCUUGCAGUGUAAAUAUUAUUCAUUCAAAGCCUAUAAAUAUACUCCAAAAGAAGCAAAUCUUAUUUCCUGAAAAUGUUACAUCUAAUGCAAAAUGUAAAACUUCUACAAAAGUAGCAUCUGCAACUUCAUUAAGUGAAAAAAUAUCAACCAUAUAUUCUUGUACUCCUAAACAAUUUAAAAUUCAUAGUGCUACAAGCAAUUCAAAAAUGAAUAUCUUACCUUCAAAUAAAACACCUAUAAAACGUUAUUUUAGUGAUAAUAUUUUAUCACAAGCUACCCCUGAUUAUUUCAAUGUUGUUCAAGUUGAAACACCAUGUAGUAAAUCAAAUGAAAUUGGUAUUGACGAUCAAACAGUAUAUGAAGAAGAAAAUAGCAAUUUAACUGUGGGAAUACGCGUUAGACCUUUAAAUGCAAGAGAAAUAAGUGAUUCAAAAGUUACAUCAGUUGUACAAAUAAAUGGUCAAAAUGUUAUUGUUACUUGUGAAUCAGUUCAACAUACUUUCACAUAUGAUCAUUGUUUUAUGUCAUAUAUGAAUACAUCGGAACAUGAUUAUGCUAGUCAAGAAAUUGUGUUUAACAAUAUGGUUUUACCAUUGGUACACAAUGCUUUUGAAGGAUAUAAUGUUUGUUUGUUUGCUUAUGGGCAAACAGGUUCUGGUAAAAGUUACAGUAUGAUGGGUCAAGAAUCUGCACAAAUUAAUAUAUCACUUGAUGAAUCAAUUGGUAUAAUUCCAAGAUUUUGUCAAGAAAUAUUUACAAGAGUAUCUGAUAAUAUGAAUACUGAAACUACAAUAGAAAUUAGUUAUUUUGAAAUUUAUAAUGAAAAAAUACAUGAUCUGUUAACAAAUGUUAAUAGUGGAGUAAAGAGAGCUCCUCUUAAAGUAAGAGAACAUCCUGUAUUUGGUCCAUAUAUUGUUGAUUUAAGUCAACAUUGUGUACAAAGUUACAAAGACUUGCAGACUUGGCUCAAAGUAGGUAAUUCACAACGAGCUACAGCAGCAACUGGAAUGAAUGAAAAAAGUUCAAGAUCUCAUAGUAUAUUUAGUAUUAUAUUAACUCAAACUCAAGUAAAUAAACAAUUAGAUAAUAAACCUAUGGAUGCCAGUCGUCGGAGUAAAAUUAAUUUAGUAGAUUUAGCUGGUAGCGAAAGAUUAAGUCAAACUUGUGCAAGUGGUGACAGAUUAAAGGAAGGUGUGUCUAUUAAUAAAUCAUUGCUUACACUGGGAAAAGUGAUUGCAUCUCUGGCUGAAAACAUAAGUAAUCGUAAACGUGGUUUUGUCCCAUAUCGAGAAUCUGUCCUUACAUGGUUAUUAAAGGAAAGCCUCGGAGGAAAUUCAAGAACAGCAAUGCUUGGAACAGUAUCACCGGCUAAUAUACACGUAGAAGAAACACUUGCAACCCUUCGAUACGCUUGUCAGGCCCGAGCAAUUGUUAAUCGUAUUCGCGUUAAUGAAGAUCCACACGAGAAAUUAAUUCGGGAAUUGAAAGCGGAAGUAUUGCGAUUACGUGGUGUACGCGAAGGAUACGAAAAGCAACUUGGAAUUUUACCACGUCGUCUUCUGGAUUCUGUUGAACCGAUUAACCCAAGUAAUGAUGAUGUUAAACAAAAACAAGAAGAAAUUGAUAAACUGAAGCAUCAGUUAAAGAAGACUGAAGAACAACUUGCGACUACUCAAAUGACUUGGCAAAUGAAAUUACGAGAUACCGAGGAAAAAAAAAAUUCUGAAAUAAAGUACUUACGUCGUUGUGGUAUCGCUAUUGAGAUCGAUUUUCAUGAAAAGGAUAAGCAACCUUGUCUUAUAAAUCUCGCGGCUGAUCCUAUGUUAUCCGGUACGCUUUUGUACCUCAUUCCUCCGGGAUUGGUUCGCAUCGGAAAAAAUUCUGAUUAUCAGAAUUUUUCUGAACAUUUGGAUAUCAUGUUGGAUGGACCACUUGUUAGGCCUUUACACUGUACUAUUGAAAACAAUAAUGGAAAACUUACAUUAUCGUCAGAGAUGGAAGGAGAUACAUUCGUUAAUGGGCAGGUAGUAACUGGCAAAGUUAUUUUAAAACACGGUGAUCGAUUAGUAAUUGGCGGUAAUCAUUAUUUUAAAGUUUCAAAUCCAUAUGAUAAAGAAAGCAACAUACAAAUUUCAACACAAACUGUAGAUUAUGAAUUUGCUCAUCAAGAAAUUCUUAAAGUCCAAGAAGAGAAAUUAAAAGCAGAAUUAGAAGAAAGUAAACAGAAAGCAAUAAAAGAAUUAGAAAAUGCAAAACGAGAAGUUGAAAUGCAAUUAGGCUCCCAAAAAUUAUCAUACGAACGUAAAAUUGAAAUUCUUGGUUCAACAGUUGAAGAACAGAAACUUGCAUUGGAACAAAUUCAUCAGAAGAAAAAAGAAUUGGAAAUACAAAAAGAAUUACUUGAAAAUGAAGUUGAAACAAAUAAUAGAUUGAAACAAAUGCAAUUAGAUCAAAAAAAAGUUAAUGUUAUACCAUAUCAAUCUAAUUUCUUGCAAGAAUUGGAAAGUAUUUUAAACGAAAGAACAGCAAAUGCCGAAUUUGCUCUUAAAAUGAAAGCUAGUGUAGACGCUAUAAGCGACGGUGGUAUUAGUUUACACGAAAUGCAAAUAUUGGUCAAAGAAGCUACUGAACGGUGUAAAGAAAUUGGUAUUAAUUAUGAAUUUGAUCAACAGCAAAUAAUUAUUAAUAAGAAUUUGGAACCAGUAAUUCGUAUACGUAACAAAGAUGAUAUGAAAGAAACAUUUUGGCAGCCAAUGCGAUUUUUAGACUGGGUUCACCGUUUGCGAGAUUAUGACAUAGAAGAUUCAAUGAAAGAACUAUCCACAUCAGAUGGAAUUUGGGAAACUUAUGAAAAUACGGAAACUUUUGAAGAUUCUUUAAAUACUAGUCGAAUUUCAAUUAAUAUGACACCAGUAAAAAAGCAUCUAAAUGAAAGUUUACAACAAUUUUCAUUAGAUACAUCUAUACUUGGAAGUACAUUAACUAACCAAACAUUUGAUAUUUCUAAAGAGCAAGAAACUAUAUAUAUGUGUCUUACACAAAUGGAACUUGCUACAAAAACUUUGCGUAAAUUAUGUAAUAGAAAUGGUGAAAUUCAAUCAGUUGCAGAAUUUCUUAAUAAUAUGCAAAGUAUCAUUUAUAAUUUACGUGAUGCUUUAGAAAUAAAAGAUACAAGUAAACAUACCAAUGAAAGUAUAAACUCUAUCCAGAAUGUUAGUAGUAGCAUAAUUGAAAAUUCUGAUGCAAAUUUGGCAGUCCCUAAAAAUAACAGUAUGACAUCUGUUUCACCAACAAAAUCUACUUUACGUAGUCAUAUUAAAUGUUUUGAUAAGAAGAGUGUAAGAUUCACAGAUAAAUUAAAAGAUUUGACUUAG